GGGCCUUGUCAAAGAAUCUUCAUGUCGGCGUUGGCCAAGGCCCGCCGAGCGCUUGCACCGCUACUUUCUCAUCUGUCAACAUGGAUGACUCCAUCGGAGCUCGACUCACUCUUGCACGCAUACAUCCAGCCGCGCCUUACAACGUUCCGCAUCAACACGCUGAAAGUGCCGACGUGUCUGCUAAACAUUGACAGUAUUCUGCAGCCGAUAGAGUCGGCUCUGCAUGCGGUUAAAAAACGACCUCAACCUCGCCUGAAUAGGUGUGCUUGGUACCGGAAUGCAUAUAUUGUCUCGAAUCCGGCAGUUCAAGUCCGCCAUCUCGCGCAUGUGAAUCCGCACAAAGAGGGCCAGAUACAUUUCCAGUCCUUGAGUUCUAUGCUCACUCCGCUUUGCCUUGGCGCUCAACCUGGUUGGCGAGUGCUGGAUAUGUGUGCGGCUCCCGGGGGUAAAACGGCCAUGAUAGCUGAAUCUGUUGGUGCAAAUGGGCGAAUAGUCGCCAACGAGUUGGAUCCUGCCAGAGCGAAGCGCUUACAAAAGAAUAUAGACACAUUGCUCCCGCCAGAGUUGCGAGAAUGUGUUCAUGUGCGGGUUGGCGAUGGUCGUAAACUAACUCUUGCAAGUGCUGCGGACACUGCUAAUAGUUCUUCUUGCGAUCCUUUUGACGCCAUCAUGGUGGACGCCCCCUGCAGCGGAGAAGGAAUAAUUCAACUCUCGGAGCCAUCUAGUUAUCGACAUUGGUCCUUUGAAUGGGUGAAGAAGCAUGCCCGACUGCAGCAGCAGCUUCUCAGCAAUGCAUACUCGCUACUGAAACCUGGCGGCGUAUUGAUUUAUUCUACUUGCACCUUGUCACCCGAGGAGAAUGAGGCUGUUAUGGAAUGGUUUUUGGAUGCACACCAAGAUAUGGAGGUCACCGAUCUUGCGCUACCGUUUCUUUCGGCGUGGUCUGGUCGUGAUGCCAAUUUUAGACCAGGCUUAACAUCAUACAGGGGGACAUCAUUUCGUAAGGUGUUCCAACGUGCCUUACGAGUAUUUCCCAGCGUAGAAUAUGAAGGGUUUUUCGUAUGUCGAAUGCGACGUUGUCCUCAAUAUUAAACGCAAAAUAAUUGCUUUUCUAAUUUUUAAUUUCUGGAAGAACAGUUGGCUGCCGAAGAAAGGGGAU